AAGCAAUCAGCUGUUCCUUGAACAGAAAAGCAGCAGACAGAGCUGAAAUGUUUACUAUUUGAUCAGCUGUCACUGUGAGAGGGAAUACUUUGUUCUUGGGGAAAAUCUGUUUUGUUUGCAAUAUUCGAACAAGUUCAUAGUUUCAACGAUGGUGGACGAAAGUAUAAAUGUGCAGUUCGCUUGCCAACGAUGUUUGCAGCCAAUUACUAUGGAUGAAAGCUUCGAUAACAUCAGCGUUCAUGCAAUGGCGGAAUUAGCGCUUCCAAUAUAUUCAAAUACAUCAAAUGAAAUCGAUUCCACCGCCACAAGUUUCGAUCAUUUCGUACCACCGUUUCGCAUGCUGGAGUCAAUGAAUGGUACAGCUGGAUUCAUGCUUGUUUCCGAUGGACGAGAAAAUACUACGUUAGGAACAACUUUACGCGUGCGCGCUGAACUCUAUGAUUUUUUAUCAUCUAAUUCCGAAAUCGACCAUCCCUUAUGUGAUGAAUGUACAGAUUCGCUCCUUGAACUAUUAGAUCGUCAACUAAAAACAGCCGAAGAAGAAUGGACGGAUUACAACAAUUAUCUGAAGAAAUUAGAAAUGACUGAUGAUAAUCCAAACAUAGAAGUUUUGGAAAAGGAACUGCACGACUUAAAUGAAAAAGAGAAAAAACUUAUUGAUGAGUUAUCCAUUCUGCAGAUAAACGAAUCGGAAGUGAAAUCAGCAAUAAAGUUACAAGAGGAAGAGCGAGCACGUCUUGAAAUUCAAGAAGAACGGUAUUGGCGUGAAUAUACAAAACACAGACGUGAGCUCAUGACCACAGAAGAUGAUUAUCGGAGUCUCGAGUUUCGAAUUGCAUAUUCGCAAGGACAGCUAGAGAAGCUAGAAAAAGUGAAUGUUUUCAAUGUGACGUUUCAUAUAUGGCAUGCGGGUCAUUUUGGGACAAUCAAUAACUUUCGAUUGGGUCGAUUACCCUCCGCGCAAGUGGAUUGGUCGGAAAUCAAUGCAGCAUGGGGUCAGACGGCUCUAUUGCUUUCAGCACUUGCGCGGAAGGUAGGUUUGACUUUCAAACGCUAUCGACUGGUACCUUUCGGCAACCAUUCCUAUAUUGAAUCACUGAGCGAUAAUAAGGAGUUACCUUUAUAUGGUACGGGUGGAUUUAAAUUUUUCUGGGAUACAAAAUUUGAUGCUGCAAUGGUUGCAUUUCUUGAUUGCUUAACACAAUUUAAAGAGGAAAUAGAGAAAGGAGAUUCUGGAUUUUGUUUACCAUAUAAGAUGGAAAAAGGAAAAAUUGAAGACUCAUCGACCGGGAAUUCGUACUCAAUCAAGAUACAAUUCAAUUCCGAAGAGCAGUGGACAAAAGCUUUGAAAUUUAUGCUAACAAAUUUAAAAUGGGGCCUCGCUUGGGUGUCGUCACAAUUUACGGAUGAGAAGGCUGAUUUGCAGACUGUGCAGUGAUUUUUUGUGGAUAUUUUAGAAUAUAAGGUUUACUUUAUUGUUGUAUGGAUGAAGAUAAACGUAUGAUAUUUGCAUGGG